AUGCGUUCCAGACGUAGAUGGGCUCAGAGAGCAGAUUAUGUUAGAAGCCCACAAUUCCAGAAGGGAUUGGGCACAAGGGUGAACCUUAGCACCACUUUUCAUCCUCAGACAGAUGGCCAGGAGGAACGCACCAUUCAGACUCUUGAGGAUAUGUUGAGGGCGUGUGUUAUUGAUUUUAAAGAAUUGCCACAAGAAUUAGCUGUUGUACACCCAGUGUUUCAUGUGUCCAUGUUGAAGAAAUUCAUGGGAGACCCGUCACUUGUGGUUCCAACAGAGAUUAUAGGGGUUAAAGACAGCCUGUCUUAUGAAGAAAUUCCAGUGUCUAUUCUUGAUUUUCAAAUACGCAAGCUCAAAACUAAGGAAAUUGCUUCAGUAAAAGUGCUUUGGAGAAAUAGAAAGGUUGAAGAGGCUACAUGGGAAGCCGAGGAGGACAUAAAGUCCAUAUAUCCCCAUCUCUUUUAA